UUCCAGAAUCAUGAUCUCCAGACCCUAACCUUUCCCAAGAGGAAAGCACAGGAGAGGAAGGAAUGGGAAUGGUGACUAGUCUCCUCACAGCAGGGCCACAUAAAACCUGGGACGCAAUGGGUGAUACUACGGAGGAAGAAUGAAUAGGCACUUGGAUUUGUGGGGAAGGAGAACACCCAGGUUUCUGGGCGGCCAACUAGGUGAAUGGAGGGAUCCACGCCCUUCAGCAAUGUGACUGCAGCUUUUACUCACAAAGAGUGGAGGCACUUGGUCCGAGCUCCAAGGAAAGGGUUUGAGGAGAUACCAGAAAAGUCCAGGAACCUGGUCCUACUGGGACUUCGUUUCCCAGCCUGGUAUCAACUCCCAGCUGGAACAAGGGAAAAGCCCAUGGAUGCUGGAGGGAGAAGGCCUAAGGAGUACCUGUCCAGCUCCAGGCGCAACACAGCUUACCCGAGGUUCCCUGCAGCCUGCUUCAGCUUCCAGCUGCCCUUCCAAGGUGGUCCUGGCGUGGCUCACACCUGCUCCAACAGCCGCUCUGGGCUCUGAAGUGGCUUCACCUCUGGACUCCUCACAGCCUGAUUCCACUCACACGUCUGCCAAGAUGGUCCCAGCGCAGCUUGCCCCUGGGACUUGUGGCUCACACCCACCACAACUAAACCUCCAGGCCCCAUUGUGACUUUCCCUGGACUCCGCAGCCUGAGCCCCUCCAACUGGCCUGCCAAGGCACGUCAGAGCACCUGUCCUCAGGACGCCUGCAGCUCCUACACAGGCCACUCCAGAAGGUGCUGUUUUGCCUAAUUCAUAGAAACAGUCAAACGAGACAGAGAAAUAUGUCCCAAAUGAAAGAACAGGACAAAAUCCCAGGAAAAGAAUUAAAUGAGAUGGAGACAAGUAAUCUACCAAAUAGAGUUCAAAACACUGGUUAUAAGGGUGUUUAGUGAACCCAGGAGAAUAGAUUAACUCAGAGAGAAUCACAAAGAGGAAGACAUAUAAAGCAACUAGGUACGUACAAAGGAGACCCCAUAAAACUAUCAGCUACUUUUCAGAAAUUUUGCAGGCCAAAAAGGAAUGGUACAAUAUAUUCAAAGUAAUGAAAGGGGAGGGAACCUGUAACCAACAAUACUCUAUUGAAGGCUAGUUUCCUAGACAAGCAAAAGCUAAACCAGCACCGGAGAAAAAGAAAAUUAGGUGGAAAAGAAAAUUCCUUAAACUAAAAGUAAGAAAAUGUAAGGGUGACCUCAGCAUUAUGGCAGUGUGUGGAAACUCCUUUGUAUCUCCCCUUACAUCGGCAAUCCAAUGAAGCCUGAGAUGUCCAUGCAUCUGAAGGCAGGGGUAUUGGAAUGCAUAGGGGAGGCCGGAUUGGAGCAAGAACAAGGGACAGUGCUUUAGAUGCAGUUCGGUGGCCCCACAUAACACAGUAGCAAGGGAGGUGUUGGGGUGUGCCCCCACACUAUGGCCUGCAAAAACAAUAUUGGUGGCCAAGAAUCUGGCUCCCUUCCUCUCCCCCCACUUGCAGCAGAACCAGGUAGCAGCAGUGAUGGUGCCCAUUAGGAACAGGAGGCAGCCCUGUGGUUGUGUGAACCCAGCUCCUGCCCACCCACUCCAUGGUGGUUACGCCCAAGACUGAGGGGACCCAGACAUAUAGUGGGGACACCUAUAACAACCCCUGAAGCACACACAGCACAAGAAAAAAAACCCUGAAAAUAGCACUAUGUCACCUUCUACUGAUAAACAAAACAGAGCCUCUAAUUAUCAACCUAUUGAAUCUUUAAGAUCAAAACAGUAUCUAAACAAGGAAAGAAUCCACUGCCUCAAAUGCACAGGCAGAGGAAUGAUCCCUUAAGUACCAUGAACAACCAGGGUAGCAUGUAACUUCCAAGUGUCCAGAAACCAAUCUGAAAGACAUGGAAGACUGAUAUUCAAGAUUCCUGCCAUGAAGAAACUCAACAUACAAGAAAACUGAGAGGCAGUUCAGGUAAGGUCAGGAAUAAAAUUAGUGAACAAAAGGAGUACUUUACCAAAAAGAACCAAACAAAUUCUGCAGCUGAAGAACUAUCACUAAAUGAGAUGAAGAGCACAUUAAGCUCCGGCCGAUGGCUCAGUUGGUUAAGUGGAGCUUCUUCCCAUACACAUAACAAGGAAACAGAAUUUCCGGAGGAUGAGGCCCAGAAAUCAGGAUUUUAAAAAGAUUCCCAGGUGAUUCUAAAUGUGCAGCCAAGGUUGAGAACCACUGCCAUACACCAAACAGGUUGCGGACUGGAUCCCUUGCGGCACAUACAGGAGGCAGCUGAGUGUUUCCCCUUUCCUCUCUAAAAAUCAAUGUACAUAUCCUCAGGUGAGGAUUAUCAAUAAAAUAAAUUUAAAAAAAUUGGAAAUACAAUAAACCAGAUGGAAGACA